AUGGAGGAAUUCAACCACACAUCAGUCGAUGGCUUUACAUUAUUAUCCUUCUCCAACCUUCAACAAUUCCAGAUCUUGAUGUUUAUCGUCAUUUUACUGACCUAUAUUAUAUGUGUUGGGGGAAAUUCUGCAAUCAUAGCUAUUGUUCGGGUAGAACGAUCUCUUCAGAUCCCAAUGUACUUAUAUAUUUCUACAUUUGCUGUCUUAGAGAUCAUGUUUGUGACUUCCACUGUUCCGAAUCUUCUUUCAAACCUAGUAUCAGCCAGAAAGAAGAUUUCAUUUAUUAACUGUUUUAUCCAGUUAUAUGUCUUCAACUCUCUAGGGGUCACAGAGUGUUAUCUUCUUGCCCUAAUGGUCUUUGAUCGGCACCUGGCUAUUAAUCACCCUUUGCAUUAUCCAGCUAUAAUGAACAACCAGUUUUGCAUUAAGUUAGCUAUUCUUCCUUGGAUGUUAGGAUUUCUUAUGGUUCUAUCUCCAGCUAUCAUGACUGCUCACUUACAGUUUUGUGGUCCUCGUGAAAUCAACCACUUCUUCUGCGAUUUUGCUCCACUACAGAGUAUGGCAUGCUCCAUUCCUUUCUAUGUUCUUGUCAUAACCAGUUUGGUUGCUUUCUUUGAUAUUGUAGUCCCCUUUAUCCUUAUUUUAGGAUUUUAUAUACAUAUUAUUACUACAAUUAUGAAGAUUCAAAAUAAAGAGAGUAAAAAGAAAACUUUCUCCACCUGCUCUUCUCAUCUGAUUGUGGCAAGUCUUUUCUAUGGCACGGCCACCAUUGUUUAUGUUAAACCUAAAGGUAGUCAGUAUGAUAAAUUUCUUGCUCUUAUGUACACAACCAUCACUCCACUCAUAAACCCAUUUAUUUAUACCUUUAGAAACAGAGAUGUUAAGGGAGUACUCAGAAGAUACAUGAAACAUCUAAAGCAGUGA